AGCAUUUUGGGAGGGAGGUGCGUGUGAGGCAUAUACAAACUCAGUCUCAGCAUCCACACUCGACUCACUCACCGCACCAGCGACCAGCUCAGAGCUUCACUCAGAACAGGAAGUUGACGUGACCUGACACCAAGAUGGCUACAAAGGGAGUCGGCAUGGCUAACAAAGGUCCCUCCUACGGGCUGAGCCGGCAGGUUCAGGAUAAGAUUGACAGCAAAUACGACCCUGAGCUGGAGCAGAUUCUGGUGGAGUGGAUCACCCGUCAGUGUGGAUCUGGUGUCGGGAGGCCGGAGGCGGGAAAGCUGGGCUUCCAGACUUGGCUGAAAGAUGGAUGUGUUCUGAGUGAACUCAUCAAUAGUUUGUACGUGGGGGAGAAGCCUGUAAAGAAGAUCCAGAGCUCCUCUAUGGCCUUCAAGCAGAUGGAGCAGAUCUCACAGUUCCUCAACGCUGCAGAGAAGUAUGGGGUCACCAAGACAGACAUGUUCCAGACCGUGGACCUCUGGGAAGGAAAGGACCUGGCAGCUGUGCAGAGGACCCUGUCAGCCCUGGGAAGCCUGGCUGUUACCAAGGAUGACGGCACGUAUAACGGAGACCCCAACUGGUUUUUCAAGAAAGCACAAGAGAACAAGCGGGAUUUCAGCGACGAGCAGAUAAAGGCGGGGAAAAACGUGAUUGGCUUACAGAUGGGAUCCAACAAGGGAGCCAGUCAGGAGGGGAUGAGCUACGGAAGACCCCGGCAGAUCCUGUAAAACCACUGAGCUGCAGAUGUGCUGCCCGAAGCAUCAGACGCCCCAAACUGGUUCUCUACAAGCCCCAGUUUCCCCAGAAUGGUCUUAAUGCUAAACCAAACAAGCAUAAAACAACUUCAGGGCCUGCAGGUGCAGUGAUACCGAUGACCCAAUAAUUCUCUCCGACAUCCUAAAACGCGGUUCCUCACUCGAACGUUGUCUGAGACCAAUGACGAACGUGUGUCUCUAUUUUUGAAACAUUAGAUCUUGAUUCCAAAUUUAUUCCAAGAUGGUAGAAGAUGAAUGGAAGAAACCCAGCCAGAGCUACAGCUCCAUUAUCCCAGAGCUCAUCCUCGUGCAGCAGUCUUUGUCCAACACAUGUUGUACAUUGUCCUCUUCAGUGAGUUUCAGAUUAUUUUUGAUUCAGUUUUUUUGUCGUGUUUUUUAUUGGCUGAAAAAUCUCCAACAGUCUGUUUCAGAUUUAAAAAAAAACGUUUCAUGAGCUUAAUAAAAUACUUUGAUCAUG